CCGCGGCUCCACCUCCCGCGUAAGGCUGUCCGGCUUGCUGCCUGACCGAGCAACCUCCCUCGCUGCGGCGCUUCCCCCACCCGCAGACGCACGCGGACAUCGCCGGCCCGUCGGGACGCGCUGGAUAGCGAAGGUUCUGCGGUUUGGCGGGCGGGCGGCGCGGCCCGGCCGGGGUCCUUGCGGGUCCUCGACCGGCCCGGGGGAGGGCCCUCUUUGUGGCUGCAGUUGGCAAGAUGGCGCCGGUGGGGGUGGAGAAGAAGCUGCUGCUGGGCCCCAAUGGGCCAGCGGUGGCGGCCGCCGGCGACCUAACCAGUGAAGAGGAGGAAGGCCAGAGUCUAUGGUCUUCGAUCUUGAGCGAAGUGUCCACCCGCUCCAGGUCCAAGCUGCCGUCCGGCAAGAACAUUCUGGUGUUCGGAGAAGAUGGUUCUGGUAAAACAACUCUCAUGACCAAACUACAAGGAGCAGAGCACGGCAAAAAAGGAAGAGGCUUGGAGUAUCUUUACCUCAGCGUUCACGAUGAGGACCGGGAUGACCACACCCGCUGCAAUGUGUGGAUCUUAGAUGGAGACCUCUACCACAAAGGUCUGCUGAAAUUCGCAGUUUCAGCUGAGUCUUUGCCGGAGACCCUGGCCAUUUUUGUUGCAGACAUGUCUAGACCUUGGACUAUAAUGGAAUCUCUACAGAAAUGGGCUAGUGUUCUACGUGAGCACAUUGACAAGAUGAAAAUUCCACCAGAGGAAAUGAGGGAUUUGGAACGAAAAUUUAUGAAAGAUUUUCAAGAUUAUAUCGAGCCUGAAGAAGGUUGUCAGGGUUCCCCACAGAGAAGAGGGCCUCUGACCUCAGGCUCAGAUGAAGACAGUGUUGCCCUCCCUCUGGGUGACAAUGUGCUGACUCAUAACCUGGGGAUCCCAGUGUUGGUGGUAUGCACAAAGUGUGACGCAGUGAGCAUCCUGGAGAAGGAGCAUGAUUAUAGGGACGAGCACUUCGACUUCAUACAGUCACACCUGCGGAGAUUCUGCCUCCAGUAUGGAGCUGCUUUGAUUUACACCUCAGUGAAGGAAGAGAAAAACCUUGACUUGCUGUAUAAGUACAUUGUUCAUAAAACAUAUGGCUUCCACUUUACCAUACCCGCCUUAGUUGUGGAAAAGGACGCAGUUUUUAUACCUGCAGGCUGGGAUAAUGAAAAGAAAAUAGCUAUUUUACAUGAAAAUUUUACAACCGUGAAGCCAGAAGAUGCAUACGAAGAUUUUAUUGUAAAGCCUCCUGUGAGAAAGCUGGUCCACGACAAAGAGUUGGCAGCAGAGGAUGAGCAGGUGUUUCUCAUGAAACAACAGUCAUUCCUUGCCAAGCAGCCUGCCACGCCCACAAGAACCUCCGAAUCUCCUGCCAGAGGACCCUCUGGUUCUCCAAGGACCCAGGGUCGGGGUGGACCAGCUAGUGUGCCAAGCACAUCCCCAGGAACAUCAGUAAAGAAACCAGAUCCAAACAUCAAAAAUAAUGCAGCAAGUGAAGGGGUAUUGGCCAGCUUCUUCAAUAGUCUGCUGAGUAAAAAAACAGGCUCUCCUGGAAGUCCUAGUGCUGGUGGAGUGCAGAGCACAGCCAAGAAGUCAGGACAAAAGACUGUGUUGUCAAACGUUCAGGAAGAACUGGAUAGAAUGACUCGAAAGCCAGACUCCAUGGUAACAAACUCUUCAACAGAAAAUGAAGCCUGAUCCUCCUUUAAAAGUGCAUAUGUCAAAUGACCAAAUAACUAUGUAUAUUCAUCUGAUAAGACCAGGAUUUUUCUGAUACAGCACAUGCUAUCAGUUUUUUUGGGUAGGGGAGAUGAACUUUUAAAAGAAAUAUAUAUACUUCAUUGGCUUGUCCGAGUGUGAAAUGCACAUUUAGGAAGGUUACAUGUCAGGCCCCUUGUUAGGGAUGUCCCUUGGACCCUGGGGCUGCGGUUCUCUUGUGGGAAGCAAGCGCAGCUGGGCUUCUUUUAGAGUGGAAAAAGGGGGCCCACUUACUAUCAGGGUGGAACAAACGAGACUAAUAAGUCAUUGAUGAGAUGGUCAUAGUUUGACCACUUGCGUGUUCUUGGGAAGCAGAUUAAGUAGCAGAAAGUCCAGGGAAGAGAAGUGUUCAGGAGGGAUGAGAGAAGUGCUGGUGGGGAAGCCGAAGGUUGAGGGAGGUGGAAGGAGGAAGUGAGUGGCAUUAACUGUGCACGGUAGAAGUCAAAUAGCAUCCUUUAAGACUUAACGAUUAGAAGCAUUUCCAAACUAAACACUAAACAGAAUGGGAAUUGGACUUGUUCUGAAUGCAUCUUUAAUUUUGGGAAGUGUGUUUUGUGUGGGGUACCUGAGGAAGGUAGAACUGACACAGGGAUGCUGAAAUGGCAGCUGCCCAGGACCCACAUGCUUGGCCCAGGCCAUGUCCUUCUGUCGUUGGAGAAAUGCUGGGUCUAUGCGUAUAUAACUUGGGGCAGGUGGUUGCUAUGGGUUGUGUUCGAAGUCAGCAGAUACAAAAUUCGUUUACUUUGAAUUAGAUAUUUCGAAUAGCUCCUGCUUUAUUUUAUUUUAUUUUUUUAAAUUAUUAUUUUUAACUACUACAGGCUGGCCAACUAAUAGAAAAUGGGUGAUUGAUCUCCCAUUUUACCAUAAUGGCAGUGUGCUAUAUGAAGUUUGGGGAAGAUUUAAUGUCUUUGCAUUCUAGUUAAUAAGCUUGUUCCAAUUCCUGCCUUAGAGUCUGUGGUAACCUUCACUGAUACAAAAGGUUCUUUCUGUGGCUCUGGUCUGAUCACUGCUACCAGACCAACAAGGAAGUGCUUUAAUUGAAAAUGGAAGUGACAGAUUUGUGUUGUCAUAAAAUGUAGCACUUCUUUUCUUAUGGAAGUGAGAGUUUCAUGUGUCUUCCAUUUAGGGGCAUAUUCAUGCACAGCAUCAUGUCACACACCACCAUUCUGAGAAUGUCUUCUGUGGGUUUGAAAUAGCACUUUGAGUUUCUUUGUGACACAGCACGUGUAAUGCAAACACUACCAUGACUUUAAUGUAUAAAACAUUUGUUGUCCAAACCAAGGGGAAAACCACAGUUCACUUCCGUGGAGUUUACUUUUUUAUAUGAAUGUUUGUUACAGUGUGUCUCGGCAUAAUGUCCCUAAUGUCAUUACUUUAUUUGCAUACCAGACUUGACUAACCACUAAUGUAGUGCUGGGCGUAAGUUAACAUCUAGUUUAUGACAAGGCUCCGUGGCUGUCUGGAGUCACUUUGUAAAGGUCUGAACACUGUUAAGGAGAAAGCUGAGUGCUUACUUGCCCCUCUAACAACAAAAAGAUGUUUCUUGUGCCCGUUUUACUGUUGAAAUAUAUGUUUUUCCUUUUUAAUUCA